AGGAUACCAGACCACCGGCCCAGGCCAGGUCGUACCCAUCAUACCAGAAUCGCAUCGCGAGGCCCAAGAUAGACAAACCAGAAGUGAGUUGAGAACUCGAAAUGGACUUUGCGCCGUACCAGUCCUCCCCACCAGAGCACACCCGCUCGCCAACGCACAGCACCAGCGCCUCCCCGCGCACCUCGCUCGACAACAACCGCCGCGGCGGCGGCGGCGCCUAUUCCCCCACCACAGGCCUCCACUACCAACACCGCCAAUCCCAAUUCUCCCCGCCCCCGCUCCAGCACCCGCAGCCGCAGCGCGCCUGGUCCGGCGAAGGCGUAGGGCGGUACCAGCAGAGCCCGCUGACACACCCUGCUGUUGUCGCUGGUGUAGGGAAUGGGAUAACAGCAAGUCAUGGUGAUAGUAGGGCCGGUGCGGGAUGGACAGGCGGAGGAAUAGGAGGGGGAAUGGGGGACUACUUCAGCGCGCUGGGCACGCGCGAGGGCAUCGUGAGCGAGUUCGAUACCAGCCUCGGACUGCGGCUCGACUACGAGGCGUGUCUGGCGUACUUGGCGGUGCCGCCCCUGGGGGGUAUCUUGUUGCUCAUUCUGGAGAGGAAGAGUGAUUAUGUGAGGUUUCAUGCCUGGCAGUCGAGUUUGCUGUUUACGGCGCUAUUUGUGGUCCAUCUGCUUUUCUCGUGGUCGACGUUUCUGAGUUGGGUGUUGUUCCUGGGAGAGUUGGUGUUGAUAGCGUGGUUGGUGCUGAAUGCGUAUCGAGAUGCGGAUACAUUAGACAGGUACGAGGUGCCGAUCGUUGGGCGCAUAGCAAGCAGGAUUUUGGACGACGAGUGACGAUGAUGCGAAGGAAGCGCGUUUACUUGGAGAGGAGCAUGCUAGGAGCGGCUACUUUGAUUCGCGCCGCUAUAGUUGUGCCCUACCUUCAAUGUUUUAUAUGCUCGUCACUUACUGUAUGCCUGUCUUUGGUCGUCUGCCGUUGAGAGCAUUGUGCAGCGUUAUCUGAUCAUGGCGCGAGCAAAAGACUCAACUUCAUUUCAAGUAAAAAUGAUAUCUGGACCUCAACCUCGGGUAAUGCAUCAGCCUGAACCUGUAGCAACUUCAGAUUAUCGUGUCUCUCGG